UUUAUAUAUGACUGUACCUAAAUUCGAGACAUUGGAUAUUGUUCUUUUCCCUAACGGUGUAGUGGAGAUUGCUCAUAACAGACCAAGGCGUUCAAAUGCACUUUCUCCUCAAUCUUAUAGAGAUUGGUUGGCUGCAUUUAAAUGGGCCGCUAGUUGUGAAGAUGUCAAAGUAGUUGUUUUAACAGGACGUGGAAAAUAUUAUACUUCUGGUCAAGAACUAGCUCUUCCUGAUGCUAGCAGUGGGGAUGUAGAAGAGGAAAUGAAUCGUAGAAGACAAACAACUUCUGAUGUUGUUGCUGAAAUGAUUCAAUUCCCUAAACUUUUGAUCGGUGCUGUCAAUGGACCGAGUAUGGGAUUUGGCACAACAACACUUGCUUUGUGUGAUGUCGUUUAUUCUGUAGAAACAGCUACUUUUGGUACUCCCUUUAUGAAAUUAGCUUUCUGUGCCGAAGGUUGUUCUUCAAUUUUGUUUCCCAGAAUUUUGGGCCCUUCCAAGGCAAACGAAAUGUUGCUAUUAGGAAGAACAUUCACAGCUAAAGAAAUGGUGGAUUGCGGCUUUAUCAGUAGAACUAUUCCUUCUGAAGGUUUCCGUGAAACCGUGUUGGAAAUUGCAGCCAAUGCCACCCAAUUCUCCACAGAAGCCAUUAAGGUUACUAAGGAACUCAUUCGAGAUGUUGAUCGUGAAUUGUUAUUAGAAGUGAAUCGACGGGAAAUGAAUGCGUUGGGCGAACGCAUGAGUAGCAGCGAUUCUAUUGAAAGCAUCAUGCGCUUCCUGGAGCAAACAGCCGCCAAAAAGGCCACUAAAAAGUCAAAAUUGUGAUGGAUUGUACAAUGUCGUGUAAUAAAAAAACUAAUAUUUGUGUAAAUCCAUGAUGAACAAACAGAUUCAGUAUGCAAGUAAAACAAAGCAAAGUGCUUACUUAUUUGUUCUUUUGGUUCUCCUCUCACCCCCUUACACAAAAAUAUUGCACUUUGUACCUCCUCUUAUGGUUUUAUAAACUGUCUUUAUUUUUUAAACUUUUUUUAUUCUUUUCUUUCUCUUUCU